AAUUCUGAAAUAUUUGACAGUAGAAAGCACUUGUGCCACAGUGACCUGAAUGAAUGCCUCUCUUCUAGCGAGGCGUCACAUUUGUCAUGUGAGUGGAGUUAAAGAGUCAAGCCAGGCUUUGUCCCCCUGUGGCACAUGAUCGGGUUGCACCGUCAAAACCUUUAGCGCCAUUUUCAGAGAACUCCCAAAGCAGAACAACGUCGCAAAGCAUCUCUCAUUUCUUUUCGCUGUCUUUUGCACGUGGAGCAAAAACCUAAUUGUGCUGCGAUGUGCUCCUCCAGUUUGACGAGUGUCUCUACAUCGCUGUGAACGGGGACGGCGAAGAAAAGGAGGACGACCUGAGGAGAAAAUUGUACGUGCUGAAAAAGAUGGUGGAGGUCAUGUUCGGCAUGGUCACGCUCAGUGGGAACCUCCUGAGGAAAGAACUGCGGCCUCAGGACACGGAGCAGAGAGCGAGGCUCUGGAAGUAUCUGCAGAGCCUGCUGGAGACCUACAGCCUCCUCCGGGAGAACGACCAGAGCUUCUUAGUGGAGGCAGUGGAGCGGCUGAUUCACCCGCAGCUCUGUGAGCUGUGCAUAGAGUUCCUGGAGCGCCGCCUCGUCCAGCAGCUCAACAGCAGUGUGGAGCGAGCGGGAGAGGAGGUUCUGCACGCCUUCGUCCUCGUUCACACCAAGCUGCUCGCAUUCUACUCCAGCCGCAAUGCGAGCAUCCUCUCCCCCUCAGACCUGCUGGCCCUCAUCGUCAUGGCACAAAAUAUGUAUCCCAGCAAUGUAGACCUGGACGACAUGAGUCCGGAGGAUGCUGAGAGCACAUCCGGUUCUGGUCCUGAAAGUUUUUAUACACCAGAACCUUCCCCCUCCAGUAGAAGCUCCAGCAGUUCAGAGAAAGCUGGCCGAGGAGAAACUCCUGUGUUUGAGUUUGUGGACCCAGAUAUCCAGAUGGCAGAGGACAGCUUGCACACUCUGGAAAUUAACCCACCGGACCCUGCCAGCCCUCGAAGAGUUUUUCUCGAGGUAUCGCACAAAGAUGGGUUGUAUCCCAUGAUGCCUCACUCCAUGUACUGCCUCUCGCUGUGGCCAGGCAUCACACUCGUGCUGCUCACCAAGAUUUCCUCCAGUGCUCUGGCCAUCUCGGUGUACAAGUACUUGGAGGACUUUGAGAAGCUGGAGAAACGUUUACACGAAGGCCAUGGCGGUCCCGCUUCAGCCAGAAGUCCUCUGAAUAUGCAGGACAUCCGCUCCAAAAUGGACAAAUUCAUCAAAUCUUUGGAGCCCCAUGACUUACAGUUUGCACAGUUACAAAAUGUCUGGGCAGAGUUCAAGACCCGAGCCUUUUCCAGAGCAGGUUCUGGAUUCAACAAAGAUCUCAUCCCGUGGUGUAAGAACAUGAAGACCCAGUUAUGUGGAAUAUACAAACAGUGUUUCCUGACUGAUUCUUUGUCUGCUGAUGUUACUCAUCGUCUCUCUGCUGGUCUGCAGGAACGAGCCCAGGCUAUGGUUCGAGAGAAACUGGUGGACUGGAAGGACUUCCUGUUGGUCAAAAGCAAAAGGAACAUAACCAUGGUGUCUUAUCUGGAGGAUUUCCCAGGACUCGUCCAUUUUAUCUGCGUGGACCGAGCAACUGGUCAAAUGAUUGCUCCGUCACUCAGCAUCACAGAGCGCACUACGUCGGAGCUGGGGAAGGGACCUGUGGCUAAUUAUAUUAAAAACAAGGUAUGGGCCUUGGUCAGGACAACCCGCCGCUAUCUGCAGAAGGGUUAUUCCACUGUCACACUCCGUGACGGAGAUUUCUAUUUCUGCUACUUCCUCUGGUUUGAGAAUGAAACAGGAUACAAGUUAGAGCCAGUGGACAUACCAGUGCUGGCUGAUGACUCACCACCCAUUGGGAUGCUCGCCUAUGACUACUACAAUAGGCUGCUGAGGUACUACAGCAAAAGCCACAAGGGGGAGAAUGUGAAGUGCUAUGAGCUGCUGACUGUCCACCUGGGGGUCAUCCCCACAGAGAUCAUCCUCCAGCACUGCAGGCAACUCGCAAGCAAACUGUGGGAGCCCUCACGCAAUCCGCUGCUGUAGAAAGAUCGUCACACUCAAACUUCGAGAGAACGGUUUCAAUCCAUUGUUCCAUCAGGAGGAAAAGCAGGACCCACAUAUCUGGAGUGGUGCUACAAUCCCAACAUAAAACAGUGAAGCAGGCGAAUGGCUGUAAACCUGGAAAAGCUAGUUGCUUUGUUUACCCUCAUUCCCAUCCUCCAGUUGUUUUUUUUUUUUUUGCUUUUUGGUAUUUUGUGUUUGAAGUUCUCCAAAUAAUUUAUUAGAAGCACUUUUUCACUUAGCAAAGGCAAUCCCUGUGACUAAUCGACCCCAUCAAAUUUGCAUUCUUGAAAAUUAUUUUCCUAUUGAUUAGUCAUGUACAUAUAAACACUGUAAUUUUUUUCACCCUUUUAAAUUUUACAGUAUUUGUAUUUUACAAAUGUAAAUACUGUACCUUCAGUGUGACUUAUAUAAAUAAAAAAAUCCAACAAGUA